UCUAAAGCAACACAUACCAACACAAUUGAUCUGUAUAACCAUGAAAACCACAAAAGCAUCAGUGUUUCUUCUUUUCAUCAUCUUCUCAGUCACACCAUCAUCCUUUUUGUUUGGUGUGGCCAACGCUACAAAUGAACCUGUGCUCGACACUGAUGGCAACGAAGUCCAAACAGGCACCGAAUACUACGUUGUGUCGGCGAUAUGGGGUGCUGGUGGUGGUGGGCUUGCCCUAGGCAGGCCAAGCGGAAACCCAUGCCCGGAAGUCGUUGCUCAAAGACGAUCUGGUGACAACGGUAUACCGGUGAUAUUUUCUAGUUCGGACUCCGACGAUGGAGUUGUUCGCCUAUCCUCUGACAUAAACAUAGAGUUUGUUCCGCUCAGACCCAGACUUUGCCGAACAACAACGGUGUGGAAGGUCGAUGAUUACGACCAUUCAGCCGGAAAAUGGUGGGUGAUAACCGAUGGGAUUAAAGGGAACCGGGGUGCCGACACUUUGACCAGUUGGUUUAGAAUAGAGAAGGGGGGUGUUCUUGGUUACAAAUUUAAGUACUGCCCCGCAGUAUGUGGAACAUGCCCAGCUUUAUGCAACGAAAUUGGGAGAGACUCAGAUGGAGAUAUGGUACGCUUGGCUCUCUCCACUGACAAUGGAUGGCCAUUUAUCUUUAAGAAAAAAGAAAGUUCACUUCGGGGGAUUCAACAAGUUAUUAGGACUUGAUUGAAAGCAAUCAUUAUGCAUGACUAUGGAAUAUGAGUUUCAAGUGUAAAAAUUUCUGAGAGAGCUUAAACUUGUUUGAAGCAGCAGCAUGUAUAUGCUUACUUACAGGGUUUGUCUCUCAGAGUUCUGCUUUGUACUCUUUUCAGCUUAAUGAAUAAACUCUUUACUUAUUUA